AUGAAACCUGUCGUCGCUAUUCCCGCCAUUUUUGCUCUCCUGUAUAGGGCAUGGUCACGGAAAUCGCUGACUCCACUUGGCCUUCUCGUUGCUGGUCUAACUGCCGGCGCACACGCUGUCCACCCAUGGUCAGCUCCGUUUAGUUUGCUGGGGGUGUUCUACCUAUCGGGGACGAAGGUGACGAAGGUAAAACACGAUGUCAAAGCUCGCCUCACACUAUCUGCAACUGGCUCGGAAGGCGGCGAAGGCCAACGUACUCAUGUACAGGUGCUGGCCAAUUCCAUCGUGGCUUCUGUACUGAUCCUUCUCCACGCUCGCGCCCUCUCUGUACCCGGACUAGAUACGUCGGGAUGUUUCAGUAAUGGUGGACAGACGGCAGAUCUACUGGUUGUCGGGAUCGUGGCUAACUACGUCGCUGUAGCAGCUGACACUUUCUCGUCCGAACUCGGUAUACUCUCGUCCUCUAAGCCGCGUCUUAUCACCUCCCCCACGCUUCGAGUCGUUCCACCGGGUACAAAUGGCGGCGUGACGGGUACUGGACUCAUGGCAGGGGUAUUAGGGUCGUCCAUUGUUGCGAUCACGUCUGCGGCGCUGUUGCCCUUUUGCUCGGAGAACGAUGGGUCUGGGAUUGUAAAACGCCUGAAAUGGGCUCUUGCAUUUACGGUCUGGGGCGCCUUGGGAAGCGUGUUGGAUAGUAUUUUGGGUGGACUUCUACAGGCGAGUGUAGUAGAUAAGAGGACAGGAAAGGUUGUCGAAGGGACGGGUGGAAAGAAGGUUCUAAUCCACCCUUCCACUGUUCCUGGAGGAUUGGCGGGAGCUUCCAGUUGCUUGCCUGGUUCUACAGGAACAAUACGUCAACGAAAAUCGGAAUCCGAGGAAAAGAAGUCUGAUCAGGAUACUGGCUUGCAGCACGAAAGCCGACGGAUCGAGAGUGGAUACGACGUAUUGGAUAAUAACGCAGUGAAUGUGUUAAUGGCCGCGAUGAUGAGUGUGGGUGGGAUGGGAAUAGCUGGUUGGCUUUGGGGGAUAUCUAUUCGUGAAGUUGGUUCGUUUGGACAACAGUUGUUCUUAUGA